GUUCUAUGUUUGACAACAUUGCUUUCACAUUCAGUUUAAAAUUGAGAGCUCGAAAUAUUGUCGUUUGUCGUAGAAUUAUUUAGUUUUGGACCUACACGUUUGUUAAUCAUUUCCGGUAGCAAUCUGGCAACGACUCACUGUGGCCCUGUUGGCAAGAACGCGGACUCACUAAUUAUUGGACAUGUCAAACUCGUUUCACAUGAACUUGACGGGCAUGCAAAAGAAGCUGGCCCUGAGGUCAUUGCAUCUCCCCUUGAAGGACUCAACGCAGCUCUACUCGAUGCUCAAGAGCCCCAAUGGCAAACUAUGCAAUCUAUCGGCACAAUCUAUAGAGGCCGACAACAAGCAUAAAAAGCUAACGGCCAACACGUAUCGGGACUUCAGAUCGCUGCCAAACAAGAACAGGCCGCUGGAUCACAGCCAGCCCAAGACCAAUACUCAGGUUUUGAAGUCAUGCCUGAAGCAGCCAAAUGGACCGAAGCGUCGCAAGGUCGUUCGCUUCAGCUGUGACGUUUAAUGCUGCAAUGCAACAAAACACAACAAAACAACAACAACAACAACAUUAACAACAACAAAACAACAAAAACCAAAAAAAAAAAAUUGAAUAGUGAGCGAAUGUCUGGAACUGCCUGUUGACGCAUGACCAGAUCAGCUAAUUUGAAACUUGAUUUUUAUGCAAAAUUUGUAAAUAUUUCUAAAAGCAUUUUUCACAUUUUAAUUACAAAAACAUUACACAGUAUAUCCUAAAACACUGUCGGAUGGUCGACCUGACGCUUGCGCUUUCCGGUGAUCAUCAAGAGAUCCUCUGGCCGCAACACCAUAUAUAUGUGUGUAUGUAUAUAUGUAUAAGGCUCUUCAUCUCGUUCGCCUUAAACUGAUUGCCCUCUGAUGUCAGCCCCUUUUCAAUUUAAUAUGCCAUUAAAUAUCAUUCAGUAAUUUAAA